CAUAUGAUUUUUCGUUUUGGCCAAGAUAUUCUGCAGAAAAUCCAAAAGGGUUAAGAUAUACCGCUCGUUUGCUUUGUAAUACCAAUUGGAUACAGAAUAUGGCUAUACGCUUGACACAAAGACUUUUGCAGACGCAGACGCCGUUUCUAACUCGGGGUUAUCCAUUGCUAGUGACCAAGGAGAAGACCGAGGAUGUGGCGCACACAAAAUCUGCGUUGCAGAAGAAGCUAACGGGCACAGAUAUACCCUCCGCUCAAUAUGGCGGUCGCCAUGGAGUUACCAUGCUACCCGGCGGCGGUAUUGGCCCUGAACUAAUGGGCUAUGUGCGUGAGAUCUUCCGUUAUUGUGGCGCUCCCAUAGACUUUGAGGUCAUCGACAUCGACCCCUCCACCGAGGGCAACGAUGAUCUGGACUAUGCGAUCACCUCUAUAAAACGCAAUGGUGUUGCACUCAAGGGCAACAUUGAGACCAAGUCACAUAGCCUGGAGGAAAUGUCGCGUAAUGUGGCCAUACGCAAUGAGCUGGAUCUAUAUGUGAAUGUGGUGCAUUGCAAGUCUUAUCCAGGCAUUCAAGCUCGUCAUAAGGACGUUGACGUUGUGCUUAUUCGCCAAAACACAGAUGGUGAGUAUGCUAUGCUGGAGCAUGAGUCUGUUCCUGGCAUCGUGGAGAGCAUGAAGGUGGUGACCGUAGAAAAUGCAGAGCGAGUUGCACGCUAUGCCUUUGAAUAUGCACGCGAAAACAAUCGCAAGCGUGUGACCACCAUUCACAAAGCCAACAUCAUGAAGCUGUCGGAUGGUCUCUUUUUGGAAGUGGCCAAUCGUGUGUCUAGGGAAUAUCCAGGAAUCGAGCACAACAACAUGAUCAUUGACAACACCUGCAUGCAAGCCGUAUCCAAUCCACAUCAGUUUGAUGUCAUGAACAUGACUAAUUUAUAUGGCACCAUUGUGUCUAAUGUGAUUUGCGGACUGAUUGGUGGCGCUGGACUCAUUUCUGGACGCAACUACGGCGAUCACUAUGCCGUGUUUGAGCCUGGCACUCGUAACACGGGCACCGCCAUUGCUGGCAAGAAUAUUGCCAAUCCUGUAGCCAUGAUUAACGCAAGCAUUGACAUGUUGAAUCACUUGGGACACAAGGAGCAUGCUAAGGUUAUCUACGAUGCCACCUAUCAAACGAUUGUCAAUGAUGCCAUUCGUACACCAGAUCUGGGUGGCACUAACUCCAGCACAGAUGUUGUUGAAAACAUUCUCAAAAUCUUGAGUGCCAAGCGUGUGAAUUGGCCACAUGGAAACUAUUUCAACCAAUUUUAGGCAUCCCUCUUGCACACCCGCAUUUUGGAAAAGCAAGCCAUACUAAAACCGUAAACCAAAAUUCUCUAUUAACACAUAACUAAGCCAAUCCGAUAAAAAUCCUCUAAUUUACUCCAAAAUCAAAAUCAAUAUUGUGAUGUCAAGAUAUGAUUUAAGCACAAAUCAGUUAUAUUUAUACAUAUUGUGGUCGAAAUUAUUACGCUGCUUUGCCAACCAAAUAUCCCCGCCCCGCUCCGGCUAAGUGUUAUGUGUUCUGUGCACCACAUCUGAUGUCAACCAUCUGCAGAUUUAUCUCGCCAAAGAAUUCUUAUAUGACCUAAAUAUGAAACCAAUUGAUUAGUCCGUAUAUCUAAGUAAAUUUCAACUUCAAGUUACACUAUAGAAUGGCCACUGUAUUCGAAAGUUUUAAAGUAAUUUAUUUCAGAUAGAUUGUGAAAAAUUUUUAAGUAAAAUUUUAUUCAAUUCAAAUGUAUUAUUUUAUUUCGAAUAUUAAAAGGAAUUAAGAUAACUCCGUA